AGUCCCUGCCGGCUCCGGCGACAUGGCUGAUCCCAGAGAGCCCAGCGCUGCCGGAGAGUCAGGUGGCGCAGCCGCUGCCAUUCCGCAGAUCCCGGGGGCACCCCACGCACCAGGGCCUGGUGGAGCUGCUGCACCCGGAGCCGGAGUUCUGAGUAACCGAGUCUUCCAGUUCAGCCUCGCCGUGUCUUUCUCAUCGUACGCGGAGGCGGACAACGCCCGCUACUUCCUGACUCACUUAACUCAACUGCGAUGGCCGGUUCGGAGGGAGCUCUACGUUCGUGGCCGCAUGUUGGUUCUCCGAUUGACUGCUGAAGACCAAGCCUUGCUCCAGACGGCCGUCGCCUUCUGUCAGGAGCAGCUUUCCGUGGUGAUGUGGACCUUGCUGAACUUUGUGCCCGCCCAGCCUCAGCACAGAAGAGGGCUUUAAACCUAGCCUAUGUGCCCUAGUCUCAAGUGUCCUUCCCGAGGGCAUUGCUUUCUGCAGUAGUUUGAUCGGG